ACUACUAAAACCUGCAGGUCCUGUAUGAAAAAGGUGCAAGGAAGUUUGGUUUCCUAAGCUUGGCACCGUUGGGUUGUUUGCCGGCCCUCCGCUCACUGAACCCCGACGAGGGUUGCUUGGAAGAGGGUUGCGGCCUUGCACGAGCACAUAAAAAGGCCUUAAGAGUUGUCCUGACCUGCCUUGAAUACAUUCUAAAAGGCUUCAAAUAUUCCAAUUCCAAUUUCUAUGAAUGGCUUGAAGAUAGAAUAAACAACCCCUCAAAAUACGGCUUCAAGGAUGGAGUGAAUGCUUGUUGUGGAACUGGACCGUACGGAGGAGUUUACACCUGCGGAGGGACUAAGAAGGUGAAAGAUUACCAGCUAUGCGACAACGCCGAGGAUCAUGUGUGGUGGGAUUCUUUCCAUCUGACGGAGGGAAUCUACGAGCAAUGCGCCGAGGAGCUGUGGAAUGGACCGCCGUCUACCGUCGGGCCGUACAAUCUGGAAGAGCUCUUCUUCAACCAGGAAAAGAAGAACACCAUUAUCGCCGAUAUCGUUGAUGCCCCAGAAGUAAGAAUCUUCUAACUGCACCCACAAGAAACUCCCGCUCAAAUAAUAAAUACAGAUACGUAUAUACCUACAGAUUCCAUACAUAUUCCUAUAUGUAUUACGAAAAUAAAUACUACUACAUAAGCAUGUUCGCCGCCUAAUGGAAAUGGAGAGUAUUUUUUUAGGCAAUUAAUGAAAUAUUUGAUAAAAU